GAGGUGGGCAGGGCCCGGGUCGGGGCGAAGCCGGAGGAGGGCGCCUCGGCGCCUGGUCGAGGAUGGGAGUCCCCGGCAUCCGGAGCUGAGCCAGCCGGCGCUGCGGGGAGGGCGCGCCGAGGAAGGCGAGCCUCGCUGUUCCUCCGGGAGCCUAACACCGUUCCCGCGCCGCCACGAUGAUCCCUCCGAGCGGCGCCCGUGAGGAUGGCGUGGACGGGCUGCCCAAGGAGGCGGCGAGCGCCGAGCAGCCGCCCUCUCCUGCAUCCACCAGCAGCCAGGAAUCCAAGCUCCAGAAACUAAAACGAUCGCUCUCCUUCAAGACCAAGAGUUUACGGAGCAAAAGUGCUGACAACUUCUUCCAGGGAACCAACAGUGACGGGAAGCUGCAGGCGGACCCGCUGGCUGAGGUCAGCCCCGGCUCCAGCCCUCUCCCGGUCCCCGGAAGCCUCACGUCCACACCCACCAGGGCCAGCCUCUACCCAGGCGGCGGCGGCAAGGCCCACGCCUUCCAGGAACACAUCUUCAAGAAGCCCACUUUCUGUGACGUCUGCAACCACAUGAUCGUAGGAACUACUGCUAAACACGGGCUGCGCUGCAAGGCCUGUAAGAUGAGCAUCCACCACAAGUGCGUGGACGGCCUGGAGCCCCAGCGGUGCAUGGGCAAGCUGCCAAAGGGGUUUCGGCGUUACUACAGCUCCCCCUUGCUCAUUCAUGAACAGUUUGGAUGCAUUAAAGAAGUUAUGCCCAUUGCCUGUGGCAAUAAGGUGGACCCCGUGUACGAGACCCUCCGCUUCGGCACCUCCCUGGCCCAGAGGACAAAGAAGGGCAGCUCCGGCAGUGGCUCUGAUUCGCCUCACAGAACCUCUACUUCAGAUCUUGUGGAGGUUCCUGAAGAAGCUGACAGGCCAGGAGGCGGGUACGACCUACGGAAACGCAGCAACAGCGUGUUCACGUACCCAGAAAAUGGCACUGACGAUUUCAGAGACCAAGCAAAGAACAUAAACCACCAGGGACCUCUUUGCAAAGACCCAUUACAGAUGAACACCUAUGUUGCCUUGUACAAAUUUAUCCCACAAGAGAAUGAAGAUUUGGAGAUGAGGCCAGGAGACAUUAUUACUCUUCUCGAGGACUCCAGUGAAGACUGGUGGAAAGGGAAAAUUCAAGACAGGAUUGGCUUCUUUCCAGCCAACUUUGUUCAGAGAGUACAACAAAAUGAGAAGAUUUUUAGAUGUGUUAGAACCUUCACUGGGUGUAAGGAACAGGGGCAGAUAACACUGAAAGAGAAUCAGAUCUGUGUGACUUCGGAAGAAGAACAGGACGGCUUCAUCAGAGUCCUCAGUGGAAAGAAGAGAGGCCUCGUCCCCCUCGACGUUCUAGAAAACAUCUGACUGCCGGCCCCUCCUCCUCUGGCCGGCGGCGAGCCCCGCUGUGACGCCUCAUCUCACGCUGUGUUAACCCAGAGGAGCUGCCACGCUGACCGGCCACCCAGGAAACAGUGAGACCAGACUCAAGGCUCUGAGACUGCGGGGUAACAGCCACAUGGCAGAGGGCCCAUCGCAAGCACGUCCAAGGCUGCCCAAGGUGGGGCUGAGGCUGAGAGAGUCGGCCCGAGUGCUGUCCUAGGGGGCAGUAACCACUGCCGCCCAUAGGACUCAGCUCCAUCCCUGGCCAUGUGGUGUGACAGCCAGCCCGCCCGAGUGUGCUCCAGUCUGCGGGGUGGCCCCAGUGUGAGGCUCAGACCCACGCAGCCAACUGGGAUUCUGGUUCCAGAUCUCUGUCCCCAAUACUGGCCAAUCAGCAUCCUCACAUCUGAAACCCCAAGCAGUCUUUCUGCAGAACAUCAGGAAGCCCUGCUCCCUAGCCCCCAACAUUCCAGGGCUCCCCACAGGCCCCCCUCACAUUGCCAUCGUGCCAUCUCUUCUGUCCCUGAGUACGUCCUGGCGGUGAGCGUUCCGUGUGAGGGCUAGGCUGACAUGGUGCCGGCUGCACAGACCUGAUCUGCCCCCAGGUUGCCGUAGGCGGCCCCUCCUGUCACUCUGGUUACGGACAGGGCUGGCAGAGCAGGAUGCAGUGGGCAGAGAAGGGGCACGGAGGGGCAGAAAGCCUUUACUGAUGAUCAGAAGCCCUUUCAGUCAUGAAGUCCUUUCCCCAAGGAGAUGGGGUUGGGGAAGACAGUGUGGCAAAACAUCUCCAUGGUGAGCGUGAGCCUCCUGUUACGUCCUCUGAAUCAGGGGCAGCAGUUUUCCCUUCUGCCAUCCUGUAGGGCCUCCCUCUUUAGACGCUGAGCCCACCUUGCAGGGAGCCAGAAAGAGCAUCUUAGAAAAGCAGCCAAAUGGGAAACUGUUCUCAUGAAAAGCAGAAUAUUAUGCCCCAGCAGAUGCAAAAUGGGAAAGAGUCCUUAACGCUUCAUCCCUCUGAAGGCAAGAGACUUGGCGCCUGUUUAGCAUCGAGGGGAACCUCUGUGGCUGUGUCUGUAUUGAUGUUUACAAGAAUGCAAUCUACUGUGAUGCCUUCCUCCCCAGGCCUCCUCCCAGCAUUCCAACUUGCAUCCUAUUAGUCAUUAAUACGGUUAAACUUCGAUUCACAAAGACCUGCAGUGUCCCUUUGGUUUAUUUUGUUACAGAGCAAUAAAAUCAUUGGAACCGUUGGUUUUUAAAAGACUUAAGUGGAUACAUCCCAGGCAGUAAGCAUUAUCUCCCAAACCAAAGCAUAGUUAAGUCUCCACUGAUUUCUUUUGUUACUGCUCAGCGUGAAGCCCAGACAGGAUGGCUGCUGGUUUCUAGCAGUUGGGAUGCCUUACUCUCAGUUUAAAAGCCAGCAUCCAGAAUUUCCUUGCUCUCUGAUACAUGAAAAACAGAGUCAAGAUGGACUCUUUGAGAGCCAGGGUGGAUAAUAUGACUGCCAUUCCAUAACAUGGUACGCCGCAAUACAGACGUGCUCUGCCUCUAAGUCAGUAUUCCAUUUAAUAAAGACAACACCAUGGCUGGAAGGAGCAUAGAAAACAUGUGUCCUGAUCUCUUCUUUCUGGUAGAACAUCCACAGAAACUUUUGCAUACAGUUGUGUUGCAUCCUAUCCAAAUUUAAUUUGCAUUAAAAAAAAAAUAAGCAGUUUGCCUUUUUAAGUUGAACAGAAGGAGGCUACGGUAGCUAGCCUCCAAGGUGGUCCCCCAGUGAGCCCUGCCGCCUGAUAUUCCUGCCUUUGUGCAGCCCUUCCCACGUUGAGUCAGGGCUGGUCUUAUGUCACCAACAGGAUACAGCAGAGUGAUAGUGCAUGACAUCCGUGCUGGGUCACAAAGCCCCUGAAGCCUCUGCCUUGAUCCCUUGGAACACUCACCCUUAGGAGCCCUGAGCCACCAUGUAAGUUUACCCACUGUGAGCCCACAGUGCUGGAGAGACCCAGCAAGACCACACGUUACUGCAGCUGAGCGCAACCCAGACAUCACAGAGCAGCAGUCAUCCUGCUGAGCCCUGCCCCAAGGGAAAGAUUUAUGAGCACGAUAAAUAUGGGUUUUUUAAGUCAUUAAGUUUGGGAGUGAUCUGUUACACAAAAAUAGGUAACUGUAACAGGAACUCUGUAAUUUGAGCCAAUGUUAGAAAGGAGAAAAAAUACUUUCUGCACAAGGUGAACCAUAAGGUUUUGCACAUAUCAAGUACUGGCAGGCGGUUAACCCUCCAAAUGCAAGAUGUCUAGUGUUCCUUAAAGAUCUGGAGUCGUCCAGGUAUCAGAGAGAAAGUAAGAGAUUCCUCAUAACCCAGAUUGCCAUGGAUGCUUACACACACACACACUCUCCCAUCAAGAGGAAGAGGCCAGCAUCUGGUUAUGUAUUGAAAGCAGCCAGCUGGGUAGCACAUAGUAGGAGCUUAUUACAGGUUUGCUAUUAAAAGGAGAAAAAUAAAAUCAGUGGGAAGAUCACAACACACAUAAAUACCCCGGUGCCAAGAAUUGCUAAAAGGCAAAAAAAAAAAAAAAAAAAAAAAACCACCAGAAAUCCGAAUGCUGGUCCAGAUCAUUGGCUGCUCCAAGGACAAGGGAGCCAGGGAGGAAACUUACUGUCAGCCCCAGCCCAGAGCCAGGCCCGUGCAGCUGUGAAAAAGCGUGAUGUGCAUAAACAGAAACUUGAGAUAUAAAUAAGUUGAUUUAGAACCUGCAGAACAUUUAUUAGCAUCAGCUAGUACAUUCCAAGGAACACAGUUGGGAAAAUUCGGUAGAGAAUUCUUAUAUAAUAUCGGGUCCACCUAACAGCCCCAGUGCUCCCUAAUAGUCCCUUUCUUCCUACAACUCACUGACAUACUUGUGAAGUACUGAAAAGGACACACAAGCAUCGUAAAAACUAAAGGCUGAAAGUCAGCCUACUCUGGAAUCUGAGUCCGCAUAAGUAGGAGAUAGAGGGAUCUGUGUCCUCCAGGGGUGGAGAAACUCAGGAGAAAGAGUAGCUUUUUCAUGCUCUGACAACUUUAGCAAAUACUGACCAGCAGGGCGUAGGCUGCUAUAAAUCUGAGAAUAAAAGAAAGUUCAGCAUCGCCCAAAAUAGCAACCCCAGGAACCUGAGUGAGCAGGUGUGCUCCACAGACUUGUCACAAAACAAAAAUCCUCACAAACAAUUCGGACCAAAAAAAAUGAAACUAGCUUAAUGACAUCCUGUAGCGAUCCCUUACAGUCUGUUCUGUUACUGUUCUGUUGUGUUUUGUACACCACCUGGUGUUUUUGACUCUUAGAACAUGUUUUGUUUUGUUUUGUUCUUAGCUUCCAAUAAGGAGUUUUAAAUAGUCCUCAAUCUUUCUGUGGGUAAUAGAAACUUUUAACUGAACUUUGAAAUUUUAACAAGAUAAUGGCAAUUUUAUAGUUCCUUUUUAAAAAUAAAGAAGUGGCAGAUUUUUUUUUUUAAAUCAUCUCAAGUUUAAACAGCUAUUGAACGACUUCCAUGUCUUCAUGGAAGUCAGGAUAUACUGAAGUACUGAAAAUACACCCUGGGAAAGGACAGUAUCUAUUUCCAAGGAAAAUGACGGAGCACCUUUAGAUUUCCCCCCUCGCCUCAUUCGCUCAAGUUCUUGGGUUAUUUCUCUGACCCCAUUUUAUUCAAUGCAUCACAAUAUUUUUCUCUGUCUGCCACUCCUUUUAAACCAGCUCCUUGAAAUUGUGCUUAGUUCAUUUAUUUUCAGUCUUUACUAAGGUAAAAAGAAUAAUCAUCCAAGAUUAUAACUUUUCCUCUGAGUUCAGAUUUGACCAUAUUUUCAUUUACUUAAAAAUACUCUGUAAUUAUAGUUAUGAUUUUUCUCUCAGAUUUUUUUAUUUCUUGUGUGUGUGUGUGUGUGUGUGUGUGUGUGUGUGUGUGUGUGUGAUUAAAACUAUUGUACAUUGUGGUCAGAAAAUAUGGUCCAUAUAGUUUCUGCUUUGAGGAAUUAAUUGGUAUUUUAUUUUUUGCUCUAAUAUGUGAAUAAUAUUUACAGAAAUUUGAUAGAUGCUGGCAAAAAAGAAAAGCCAUGUCUGUGGUAUAUAAAGUUCAAUAUAUGUCUACUCAAUAAAUGCUGAAAGUAUUCAGAUCA